UCAAGUGUCAGAUUUGAGGUUAAGUUGUAAAGUGAGGUUAUCUUGGAACGAUCCCUGAACCAAAAUGCGGCUUUCUCAGCAACUUUGCAAGCAACAUAUCGGUUGGCACUUUAAGAAACUAUGGGCGAAUAAAAGCAUAAAAAAAAUUGAAGAUACAAGAGUUGAGAAAAAGUUGUUAGAGAAAGGCAUUCCCGUAGUAAGAGCUGAGGACGUCUUGAAAGAAGCAUUUAGGCAAAAACAUGAAUUUGAAAAAGUGGAAGUUGUGGGGUUUAAGACGCCACCAAUCGCUUUUGAUAACACUCAUCCAAACUGGCAUGACAGAAUUUUGCUCACUUAUAAAGACAACAACGUGUUGUUAGAUGGCCUUAAGCAGGCUAAGAUUUUAACGAAUACUGUGGAACUUAAAGAAGAUUUACCUAAGAGCACAGAACUGAAAAUUAAAAAAGAAAUUGAUAACAAAGUAAAGGAGAUAAUUCUUUCGUCACAUGUGUUUGAUGCAGAGCAACAAAAGCUGCCGAAAUUGAAGGACCCUGAGAGACCUGCUUGGAAUUUUCCCCGUGUUUAUGGCAUAACUCAACCCAGAGUGAUUAAGUUGCUGUUAUCAAAUUUAUUGCAACUAAUAGAAAACACCAGUGACUUGGAUUUGGUCAAAAAUCGUUUCAUAAUUGACGACACACAUUUCUCAUACAAUUUUGAAAAAUACGGAAAACUGAUCCAGUUUGAAUUAAAAGGAGACACUCUUUUAACAUCGACAUCGCCUUUAACUGCCAUCACUGACCAACCAACCAAAGAACUCGAAUUACCUGAUAUUUUUCCAAUAGAGCCUACCAUAACUCUAAAUGAGGAAAAUAUUUACACAGUUAGGGGAAUUUAUCCUGUAAACAUUCAAUUCGCCAAAUCCCACCCUCAUACAAUUUUCAUACCGCAUGUGGAAACCGAUGUAAAAAAUAUAUUUGAAGAACCUGUAACAGAUGAGCAAAUUUUUGGACGCUCCCUUUUGAAAACUUUUACAGUGGCUGCGUCAUAUGCUAAACAGAAAUUUGGGGACGUUAAAAUUUUGCCGAAGCCUGUGACAGUUCAAUGUGUGCAUACAAAUGGCCACUUGUUCCACUUUGGGGUCCUACAGUUGAACACACUUGACUUAGAGGACAGUGGGGUUAAAAAUGUCUGGUACCAAACCGACAGAAUACCGCUUUUUGAGAGUUGUUGCUACAAAGUUGGUAAACCUGUCUUAGAGGGUUACAAUAGCGAAGUAAUCCAAAAUUUAACAAACUUUUAUAAUAACGUUUAAUUACUAAAAAAUGUACAUAUAAAAAUUACAAUUAUCACAUUAAAACAUUGA